UUUUCUAUGACGUAUAUAUAUAUUUCACUAUUAAAAAAGACCUGGUUUCUAAAAAUACAAAAGGUGGUGGGAUGAGGAAAUGAAUGACGAGUUUAAUGUUCCACUUUAACUUAUUUCCUUCUUUUCCAAAGGAUUAUAACGUAAGAAUUUCUCAAUCAAAUCAACAUGGGUCAAUACCAUUCUUCUACAACAAUAUCUCUUCAACUUCAACUUGUCCAAUGCAUCACCUUCAGUCAUGGCUUCAUCUUGUAAAUAUUCUAAAUAGGUUUCCCAUUUAUCACCAACAACUUUACCACAUGAAAAACAACGGACUGGAAUAAUCAUUAUGUGUAUAUAUGUGUGUGUAUCUAAGAAGAAGGAUGAUGAGGUAAUACAUCUUCUGUUUCAGAAAGCUGCAUUUUUCCUAUGAGGAAAAUUUUUAGGAAAAAGUUCGGUCAUGUGACUUUUUGUCAUGUGCGCUGCUCAUCGGUCGUUUUCUAAUUUUUUUUUAGCAAUAUAUAUCCAAUUUUCACUAAACUACCAACUAACCAGUUAGAUCUACCAACAACAAACAUGCCUACAGCUGCUGUCGAUACUGCUACCUCGGUAUCUGAUUGGACAUUGUCUAUGGCCACAGGUGGUGAGCCACUUAAUUUACGUCAUUCAACCACAGGUGCAUCCAUCUUUUCCCAAGAUGGUCGUUACAACAUUGUUACAUUAACUCACCAAAUCCGAGUUUACUUCAUAUCCACUCGACAAUGUAUUCGUACUAUUGACUUGGACCUUGUUGAUUUAGUAGAUGCCAAGAUUGACGUCACUAACCCUAAUCACUUGUUGUUGUUUAAAGCCAGUGGUGAAUUGAUUACUAUUAAUUGGAAGGAUAAAGUCAGUGACAAAGGAGGAGCUAUAAUAUCAAGCGUCAAGAUCGAAACUUCGUUACCUAUCUUGUCUAUUAUCUCAGCCAGACACUUGUCAUUUGUCUACAUUAGUGGUAAGAAAGAUAAGAGAAGAUCUGCCAGUGGUGGAAGUUUUGGAUCUCCCCAUACUCGAUACAUAAACUAUUUUGAUAGAAAUUCUGAAACUAUUACUACAUUGGCAGAAAUCCCCAACUGUAUUGAAUUUGCAACUUCGGCCGAUUCCAAAAAGGUUGUGUUCAUAAACAGUCAACAUGAAGUGGUUUUACUUGAUUUGAGCAAUGUAUACAAGAAUGAUGAAUUGACUAACGAACAAGAGAUUAUUUCCCAGGAAACUAUUCCAUUCCCAUUCAAAUCUCAAGUCACAUCGGUCGCCGUAUCCAAUGAUGAUGUUGUUGCCCUUGGUACAUCCUCGGGAACCAUCCAAAUUGUUUCUGGGGGUUUGGUCGCUGGUAAACCACAACGAUUAUUAAAAUGGCAUAUUGACCAAGUCAAGUCUUUGCGCUUUUCUGCCGACAAUAACUAUUUGAUUAGUGGUGGGAUGGAAAAAGUAUUGGUGUUUUGGCAGUUGGAAAGUGAAAAGAAGCAAUUCUUGCCUAGAUUGAAUGGAAGUAUUGAAAAGAUUUGUGUUGAUAAUAGUUAUAUUUCCUUGUUGUUAUCAUCAGGUAGUAACGACUAUGAAGUAUUAAUCUUAUCUGCAGUUGAUUUGAUAUCCAGAUUAUCGGUAAACACCAUAAGACCAAAGUUUUUCAAUUUGCUUAAACCAACCUUGUCAAAGACCAAAAGAAAAUACUUGAAAUCACCAACUGAUUUUGAUAAGUUUAAACUCAAGCAUGACUACAGUUGCAAAUUUGAAAUUCAUCCAAAGUCCAAAAACCUUUACUUCCCCAAUAAUGCCGCCAUUCAAGCAUAUGAUUUAGUCAAGAACGAACAGGCGUUCAUUCAAAAUGCCGCUCCAGUGUUAAGCACCGGUAAAGUAAGAUCAGAAACCAAAUUAAUUGAUCCAAAUGUAACCAUAAUAUCAUUCACACAUGACGGUGAAUGGAUGUGUACUUUUGACGAAGUGUUGAAUUCUGAAAUCGACAACUUGUUAUCCAAGAAUGACAAGCAGUACGCUUUGAAGUUCUGGAGAUUUGUUGAACCAAAGAAUGACCUGCUGAAUAAGAACGGGUCCUGGGAACUCUCCACCAAAAUCAUUGAUCCUCACGGAAACUCUAACCCUAUCUUAUCCAUCAUCCCUGCACCAACUUCAUACUUCAAUGGGUUAGCUUUCUUGACUGCUGAUUCUAAAGGUGGGUUGAGAAUUUGGAGACCUAGUGUUCCCAAGGAAGCUUAUCAAAUUAAAGGUACUGGUAAGCAACAACAAACUGCAUGGACAAUGAGGAAAUCCAAGGCACCAUUAGGUGCUCAAUCUUCUGAUGCUGUUGAUUUAUGUUGGUCAGACGAUAGUUCAAUUAUUUUCCUUGCGGUUGAAUGCUCUAUCAAGACUAUUAACGCCAAGACUAUGGAGGAAAUCCCAUACCAAGACUUCCCACUUCCUUCACUUUCUGGUUCCAGAAUUAGAUCUAUCUCCAUUGUGGAUAAUCAUCUCGUUAUCUUAUCCAAAACUAGAAUAACUUCAUUUAACUUAUUAACUGCACAAUUGACUGACUUGGUGGCUAAAGUGAAUACUACUCUUGGUGGUAAGAACCUCAUUGCAAUUGAUCCAAUUGCCAACAUCAUAUGUUUAGCACUCAACUACUAUCAUAUAGAAGAAGAGAAUAACCACGAGUUCAAAGUCCAUUCCAAGUUAUUGUUGUUCAAGCCAAACCAAUUAAAACCAAUCCAUGUUCAAACCCAUAAUCAAGGUAUUGCAUCUAUUCGUAACUACAAGAAUAACUCAUUUGUGUUUGUGGACUUGGAUUCUCGAGUAGGCACCUUGCAUUCAUCUUCCAUUGAGUUGUCCAACCAAAUAGAAACUGACUUGAGUCACGAAAUAAGUGCCAUGCUUACAAACUCCCGUGCUACUGCCAAUAUCGUCACUAGUAGAAACGUUGCGCAUAGAAAUGGUUCCAUUGAUGCACCAGUCUCCGACAAGAAUCUUGAUGAGGGUAAUACUAGAGUGAUUGAUCUUCAUACUGUGCAACCAAUAUUCCAAAAUAUCGAUGGGGUUCAAAUUGAAACAUUGUUUGACCGUAUAGUCAAGGUUCUUAAAUAGAAUUUUAUAUACAAAUAUACAUAUUUAGCCUAAAUUACUUACUUCCAAGGAAAUAUUGAUGAUUUCUUGUCGUCCUUUUGGGGUUCGGUGGUCCUUUGUAUAGCCAAUACACUUUCAAUCUUACUCAAUGCGUUUUCCAACAAGUCUUUUCUUUGUUGUAAUUCAAUAUGUUUCUUGAUCUUUGGAUCCUCUUUGGCAAAUCGUUCAAUUUCUUCCGCAGUCAUGGUAUUAAAGAAUCGUUGGUCUAAUUCACGGGGGAAAUUAUAAUAGAAAUCGCUCAAUAACUCAACAUUCAAAAAUAAGAUGGCAGUUGAUGUUAUCUUUGAUGCAACUGCAUCCAAGAAUAUUUCCGGACAUUGAUACUUUCCUUCUUUCUUCUUGCACAUUUUUGAAUUCUUGACAAUUGAAUAUCUCAUUUUUAAUAAUGCUGCUCUAUCCUUAAGGAAAAUUGCAUCUUUACCUCGUUGAAUCAAUGUAGGUGAGAAUCCCAAAGUUUCAUUACUGGUUAAAUCAAUAUCUGACUCUUGCAGUUGCUUUAAUUUUUCCAAAUAUGUAACAACCUGUUGUAAUUUUCUUCCACCAACUUGAUUCUUCAAAUUUUGAUACACUUCAUCACACUGUUUAAUUUCCUCACGUAGUAAAUUCACGGCAUUUUCCUUGGAUGUUUGCCAUUCGCGAUCUUCCAACUCGAUUUCAUAUUUGUAUGGCUUGAUACAAUUUUCCACUUGAUCAGCAGUGGAAUAAUACUUUGCUCCCAAAACGUUCUUAGCAGCUUCCUUAACGGCUGCUUUGGCCAUUGGGUGGUUUCUCAAUUGGGUAUUAUCCACUAAAUUCUCUACUUCGGUAAAUAAAGCAUUGGUGAUUAAAUUAGUUGACAAUCUACCAACACCCAACUUAGUCAAUGAUCCCGUAGUUAAAUCUAACUUCUUGUGCCAGUAAAUGUCAUCGUCUAUAUUGGUAAUCUUUGCCAAUUCACGCAAGUCAAGUUCAACGUUGGAGUUCUUCUUAAGAUCAAAUGGCUUAUUCCAAUAUCUCUCAGCCAACAAAUCCAAUACUUUUUGAUCCAAUUCAUUCUUCAAUAAUGCUCGUAAUUCCGGUCUGGAAAAGUUAUGACUCAAUUCCUUAACUCCCAACUUUAUCAUGUCUAUAUUAUUAGCCAAAUACAUUUCUGGAGUCAAAGGACGAUCAUUAAAUUCAACCUUGAAUUGAUAUGCAGUUUCUUCCAACUCCAGUUGAAUAGCUAAAUGGGUGGGUCUUAAUGAUGCAGCCAUAGUUCUUUCCAAUACUUUCAUAAGUUUCCUUCUCAAAUUUCUGGUUCCUACAUUACAUUGAUAGAAAUCAUCCUUGUGUUCCCGUAAAUAUCCAUACUCAAAGUUUUGUUGAGCUACAAAUGCUUGAUGCCCAGUUAAAUUUUU